AAAGAAACGCAACAAAUGACGCCCGCGAUCGUUUCAGCAAAGAAAAUGGAUUUUUUAAUAUAAGCAAUGAUGACGGUGAUUUUGAAAAUAAAACUGAUGCAUUGGAAUUUAAUAUUGACGUUAACGAAACAACCACUGAAUUUAACGUAGAUAAGUAUUAUAAAAAUUUAUAUAAUAAAAUGGAUGAAAUAAGGAAAUCUGCAAUUGACAGUUUCAUUGAAUUAGACAAAGUGCCCAGAUCGAAACAGAGUCAAAAGUUAGAAGCUUUACUUUCGCGUAAGACACCAGCAAAACCUGAAACAACAGAAGAAAAAGAUGGCAAUCCAUCGUAUCCGCUUCCCAAGUUGGUAUUCAACGACAUUUAUUCGAACAUGUUCAAGCCCACAAUGUUGUUCCGGAACAAGAAAGAUGGACGGUUGUCAAACUUGCAUUUAAAUUUGGCUAACUUCGAUUUGCAGACACAAAGUACAUCGAUAUCGUCUUCAUCAAUAACUCCUACAAUAUCGUCCCAAUACGAGGGAACUACAUUUUUACUAAACGACAAAUUGAUGACAUCUACAGCUACACACACCAGCGAAUCAACUAGUACUUUAAAACCCCAGACCCUGGAAAGAGGACUGCUGGAUCUGAUAUUUCCGCCUUCAAGAGUUAGAACCUUUAAAAAAAUAUUUAAUGCAAUUCGAAGAAUUUUGUCUGGUACUUUUUGAAAGUAAACAAACACGGCUACAUUUAAAAUAAUACAAACUGUCAAAUUCUCAUUCAAUUAAAAAAAAAUUAAACGAAGCACAUUCAAGUAUGACAAAUAAUUUACAUUAAUUACUCGACCUCACCAUGACUGCGAGCGAAGAUUUGAGUGCUGUGUUCUGGUACAUAGAAAAAUCAAAAAGCUUUACAUUGCAAAGAUAUGUGGGCUACUGCUACUGCGCCCGUCACCCUGAAACAAAGUUGACAAAUCUCAUAUGCCUAUAAUUUCACCAUUACCUUUUUACCCUUCAAAUUCGGAACGCGGUAAUGCUCACAUCAUUGCUUGGCGGCAGAAAUAAUUAAGGUACUCUACUCGAGCAACAAAUCUGAAGUCUCCUCGUACAGUAUCCAAAGAGCCCACCCAUUCUGCCACAAAGGCUUUGUAAUCGAUGUAUGGUUAAAUUACAGAAAUGUCGGCAGUUUGUAUUAUGUAUAAGUAUUAUCUAGUAAAUUUACUGCGUGUUGGUUUUUUAUUAUUAUCUUUUUUUUAAAUUUAUUAAGUUUUCUAUUAUAAUUUGUUAAAAAUCUUUAUUGCAAUUUGUAAUCAUAUAUUUACAAUUUGACAGUGUUAUCAAAUAAACG